CUACGUGUGUGGAAAAUGAUUGCGACCAGCAGCGACCUUUCCAUUAUGGUGAGGAGAUGUCUUCUCACUUUCAAACCGUUCAGGAUCUUCGUGGUGGGGAUUGGCUUCUUCAGCCUGUGCUUUCUAAUGACCUCUCUCGGGGGCCAGUUCUCAGCCAAGCGACCCGGAGAUUCCCCCUUCACUGUGCGAUCCGAAGUCCUUGGUGGCCAAGAGUCUCGUGGGGUGCUGAGGAAAAUCAGUGACAUGCUAGAGAUCAUCAUGAAGAGGAUGGAUACUCUGUCUAAACUGGGCAACACUACAGACACCCACAGGCUGGAUGAACUCAGCUCAGCACUGGACAGGAUUCAGCCUAUAGGGCUGGUGGAGCGCAUCCAGGCCAUAGCCCAGAACAUGUCUGACAUGGCAGUGAGGGUGGAGCAGAUCCUGCAGCGCAGCAUGGCCAGCAACAGAGUUAGGGACGGAACAUUAGGACAAUGUGAGAUUCCUAAAGAUCCCCGUUAUCCAGACUGUCCCGGCAAGAUGGAUUGGAUGCGGGCUCGUUGGACCUCGGACCCUUGCUACGCCUUUUAUGGAGUGGACGGCUCUGACUGCUCCUUCCUCAUCUACCUGAGUGAAGUUGAGUGGUUCUGCCCCCCACUGGCCUGGAGGAACCAGACUGCUACACCCACCUUGAAGCCUCCGCCCAAGAGACAGGCUGUUUUCCAAUCUGACAUUGGGACUCUGCUGGAGCAGGUGGGCACCGGGAAGGAAUCGCUGAGCUUCAUGAAGAGACGCAUACGCAGGCUGGCAGCACAGUGGGCCUCUGCUGCUCGACGGCUGGAUGACAAGCUGCGCAGCCACUGGAGAGAGCAAAAAAGGAUUCUCGUCCAUGUGGGCUUUCUGACUGAGGAGUCUGGGGAUGUCUUCAGUCCCAAGGUGCUGAAGGGGGGUCCUUUGGGCGAGAUGGUGCAAUGGGCCGACAUCCUCACAGCCCUCCAUGUGCUGGGGCACAACCUCAAGAUCUCGGUUUCUCUCAAGGAACUGCACGGGUUUUUGGGUGUCCCUCCAGGAAGAGGAAGCUGUCCUCUGACGGGACCUCUGCCCUUUGACCUCAUCUACACAGACUACCACGGCCUGCAGCAAAUGAAGCAGCACAUGGGUCUGUCACUGAGGAAGCACAAGUGCCACAUCCGAGUGAUUGACACGUUCGGCACUGAGCCCGCUUACAACCACGAGGAGUACGCCACUCUGCACGGCUACAGAACAAACUGGGGCUACUGGAACCUUCAGGGGCAACAGUACAUGACCAUGUUCCCCCACACUCCAGACAACUCUUUUAUGGGUUUUGUGGCAGAGGAGCUGAAUGAGACAGAGAGGCUGAACAUUCAGAGGAACAAGGUUAACAAUAUGGCUGUUGUGUACGGCAAAGAAGCCAGCAUGUGGAAGCUUCAAGGGAAGGAAAAGUUCCUUGCCAUUCUGCAUCGGUACAUGGAGAUCCACGGGACGGUGUACUAUGAAACUCAGCGUCCUCCAGAGGUGCCUGCCUUUGUCAAGAACCACGGUCUGCUGCCUCAGCAGGAGCUGCAGCAGCUCCUUAGAAAGGCCAAGCUGUUCAUUGGAUUUGGCUUUCCAUAUGAAGGUCCUGCUCCUUUGGAGGCCAUAGCCAAUGGCUGCAUCUUCCUACAACCCAAGUUUAAUCCCCCUCACAGCUCACUCAAUCAUGACUUCUUCAGAGGGAAGCCCACCUCCAGGAAGGUGUCCUCCCAGCAUCCCUACGCAGGGCAGUACAUCGGCAGGCCGCAUGUCAUCACGAUCGACUUCAAUAACUCUGAAGAGUUUGAUGCAACCAUUCGUGAGAUCAUGAGGACCAAUGUGGAACCAUUCCUGCCUUAUGAGUACACCUGUGAGGGGAUGCUUGAAAGAGUUCAUGCCUACAUUCAGAACCAGGACUUUUGUUCACCCGAGGCUCCAAUUCCUCCAGCAAACUCAUCUAGGACUUGGCUGGGAAGCCCUCCAAGCCCUUUCAUCCUCCUACCCAACUCUAGCUUCCUAACCUGGGCCUCCAACGCCAGCUCCUACACGUCCUGGCCUCCCCUCAGCGCACUGCGGCUUUUGGCUUCGCUGGAGGGUCAGUCGUGUGUGAUGGCGUGCCAGAGCGCCGGACUAAUCUGCGAACCUGCCUUGUAUCGUUUUAUCAACAUUAAGGAGGCCUUCAGCGCGCUGGACUUCCAGUGUGAGGGACUGGAGUCAGAGAUGAACCACCUCUUCCCUGCCUUCUCAGCAGAGCAUGCUGAAUGUGGCCUGCAGCAGGACCCACUGCUGUUCAGCUGCGCCGGCUCCAGUGCCAAAUACCAGCGCCUGUGCCCCUGCAGGGACUAUCGUGUCGGCCAGGUGGCACUGUGCAGGGACUGCCUAUGA